AUGUUUCAGAUCCGCAUAGAGGCCGAGGAAGAGGAAGUCACAGUCGAGGAAAUCGUGCAAGAGAUACACGAUGCAUCCUUUCUGGCUGGAAAUCCUCAAGUUUGCGUCAUUACUGGAAAAUUGCGUUUUUACCGGGCAGACAAGCCGUAUUCCUCUAUUUCCAGCAGCAGUGGCAAUCAACAUUUGCCCAGUGAACGCAGUGCAUUAGUGUGUGUAGUGACGGUGCCAUCGCACAUGUCUCCUGUCGAAAUUCUUGAUUUCUUGACCAGUUUUCGAGAAGAUAUUGCACUUGUGCGCAUUCUCAAAGACCCUGAACGCAACAAUUGCAUGGUACUCAUGCAAUUCAAGUCACAAGAACGAGCGGAUCAGUUUUUUCAGGACCAUAAUGGCAAGUACUUCAACUCGAUUGAGCAAGAACGGUGCAAAAUCGUGUUUGUAAGAAGCAUUGAGUUUGAUCCCGUGAUCAAUGAAGGAUAUUCAGACUGCGACGCAUUGGAGGAAAAACACGCAGAGAAAAAGGAUGUUGUUGCUGCUACGUUGAGUCCUCGUUCGGAGAAAAGGAAUAGCAGUGCCCAGAUGCGGAAGCUGUUUCCGCUGCCACCAGUAGGAAUGACAGAGAUCCCAACGUGUGCAGUCUGUUUAGACAGACUAGACGCUUCGGCAUCGGGUAUUUUGACGACGCUGUGUAAUCACUCUUUUCAUUGUGAUUGUCUUUUCCGAUGGGAAGGAUCGAGCUGUCCAGUGUGUCGAUACAGCCAUGGAGACAUCGGGUCGUCGUGUGAGGUUUGUGGCACAGCUGAGCACCUUUGGAUCUGUCUGAUCUGUGGCCAUGUAGGCUGUGGGCGAUACUCGGGUGAACACGCUAAAGAACACUAUCAGGAUACGCUGCAUACGUACUCGUUGGAAUUGGAGACUCAGCGCGUGUGGGACUACGCCGGCGAUGGAUAUGUGCAUCGUCUAAUUUUGAACAAGCAAGACGGUAAGUUCGUGGAGUUCCCAAGCCCGAAAAACCAUAGUGGUGAACGUUCGCAGAAUCCCCCAAUUACUUCUGCAGAGGAGGAAGCAGGCGAACAUCGGAAACUCGAGAAGCUCGCAGUCGAGUACAACUUUUUGUUGAAGAGUCAGCUGGAAGAGCAGCGCCUUUACUAUGAACGACUGCUUGCACGCGCAGAAGAAGACGAAAGCCGGCAGCUGCUAAAUGCGCAUGAGCGCGAACGCAAACAGCUCAAGAAAGCAAAUAUAAAUCUAGCUCAAAAGACAAUCAAGCUCGAGGAGGAGCUGACAUUUGUCAGAGAGCUGAACAAAUCGCUAAUUGAAAACCAGAAGCAGUGGAAGGAGCGAAUACGCGUGUUAGAGGACCAAAACGCACGAAUUGAACAGGAAACAGCAUUGCGGGUUGGAGAUUUAGAGGGCCAGGUCCGCGAUCUCAUGUUCUAUCUCGACACGCAGAACAAGGUUGAGCAAAGCGCACACCGAGAGGAUAUUAUCGGUGGCACCAUCGAAACUGAAUCCGCUAAGGACAACACCGCGGCCACUUUAUCGUCUAGACGAAAGAGCAAAGGCAAGAAGAAAUAG